AUGGUGGUGAAAGCGGCGGGCCUGGUGAUCUACCGCCGACUGGCCGGCAAAACAGAGUUCCUGCUGCUCCAGGCGAGCUAUCCGCCGCACCACUGGACCCCUCCGAAGGGACACGUGGAUCCGGGAGAGGACGAAUGGACGGCGGCGCUCCGCGAGACGAAGGAGGAGGCGAACAUCGGAAAGGAACAGCUGACCGUCCACGAGGACUGCCAUGAGACACUCUUCUACGAGGUACCGGCCGUUUUUUCAGCGCAAGAAAAGCUGAAAUUGGCGAGAAACAUUGGUAUUGAUCGAAAACCCCGAUUUCAAACGCAAGACAAGCUAUUUCGCUUUGUAAAAUGUGCAAAAAUGUUCUUUGUCUCAAACAAAAUGCAAAAAAAAAUCGUUUUUGAUCAUCAAUAGAUAGCAUCGACAUUUUUGCAGGCGAAAGGCAAGCCGAAAUCGGUAAAGUACUGGCUGGCGCUGCUGAACAAUCCGGACGACGUGUCGCUGUCGCACGAGCACCAGAACUGGAAGUGGCUCGAGUUGGAGGAGGCCGUGAAGAUUGCGGAUUACGCCGAGAUGGGCGCCCUCCUGCGCAAAUUCUACAAAUUCAUUGUUGACUUGAAAUAA